ACUCCUCCGGCCAGAUGAUGAACUUCUUGCGGCGCCGCCUUUCCGACAGCAGUUUCAUCGCCAACCUGCCCAAUGGCUACAUGACCGACCUGCAGCGGCCCGAGCCACAGCAGCCGCCGCCGCCUCCCCCCGGCUCCGCCUCGGGCCCCGCUGGGCCGCCUGCCGCUGGCUCGCCGGCCCCCGAACGAAGGCCGCCGCCGCCCCAGGGGCAGGGGCAGCUCCAGCAGCCCGCGCCGCAGCCGGCCCCACAGCAGGCGCAGCCCGCAGCCCCGGUGCAGUCCAUGAGCAGCAGCUUCUUCAGCUCCCUGUCCAACGCCGUGAAGCAGACCGCCGCCUCGGCGGGGCUGGUGGACGCCCCCUCCAGCAUCCCCGCCGUCUCCAGGAAGUCCAAGUUGCUCCUGGUCAUCGAUGAGCCGCAUACUGACUGGGCCAAGUGUUUUCGGGGCAAAAAGGUCUGUGGAGAUUACGACGUCAAAGUGGAACAGGCAGAAUUUUCAGAGCUCAACCUGGUGGCCCACGCUGAUGGAACCUAUGCUGUGGAUAUGCAGGUCUUCCGAAAUGGCACUAAGGUUGUCAGAUCCUUCCGGCCAGACUUCGUGCUUGUCCGGCAGCACUCCUUCGGCAUGGCCGAGAAUGAGGACUACAGAAACCUGAUCAUUGGCAUGCACUAUGCUGGCAUCCCCAGCGUCAACUCCCUGGAUUCCAUCUACAACUUCUGCGACAAGCCCUGGGUGUUUGCCCAGCUGGUGGCCAUCUACAAGAAUCUAGGAGGUGAGAAAUUCCCUCUCAUUGAGCAGACAUUCUACCCCAACCACAAGGAGAUGCUGACUCUACCGACAUUCCCUGUGGUGGUAAAGAUUGGGCAUGCACACUCGGGCAUGGGGAAGGUAAAGGUGGAGAAUCACUACGACUUCCAAGACAUCGCCAGCGUGGUGGCCCUCACCCAGACCUAUGCCACCGCAGAGCCAUUCAUUGAUGCCAAGUAUGACAUCCGGAUCCAGAAGAUUGGCAACAACUACAAAGCUUAUAUGAGGACAUCCAUCUCAGGAAACUGGAAGACGAACACUGGAUCUGCAAUGCUAGAGCAGAUUGCUAUGUCGGACAGAUAUAAGCUGUGGGUGGAUUCCUGCUCCGAAAUAUUUGGAGGCCUGGAUAUCUGUGCUGUCAAGGCUGUGCAUGGCAAGGACGGGAAGGACUACAUUUUUGAGGUCAUAGAUUGUGCAAUGCCUCUAAUUGGGGAACACCAGGCGGAGGACAGACAGCUAAUCACCGAACUGGUCAUCAGCAAAAUGAACCAGCAGCUCUCUCGGACCCACGCCCUGUCUCCCCAGAGACCUUCAACCACCCAGCAACCUCAGAGUGGGAGUCUGAAGGAUCCGGAUUUGAGCAAGACACCCCCACAGCGCCCCACCCCUCAAGGUUGUUUACAGUAUAUUCUCGACUGUAAUGGUAUUGCAGUAGGGUCCAAACAAGUCCAGGCUUCCUAA